AUGAAGCCUGAGCACUCUGGGAACCAGACCCCGAGGUCUCCAAUUAUGACAUUCCACCCAACCAUGGAAGAAUUUACAGAUUUCAACAAAUAUAUUGCUUACAUGGAAUCCCAGGGUGCACACCGAGCUGGCCUAGCCAAGGUAAUCCCACCCAAGGAAUGGAAAGCCAGACAGAACUAUGAUGGUGUCAAUGACAUCUUAACAGCCACUCCUCUCCAGCAGGUGGUCUCUGGGCGAGCAGGAGUGUUCACUCAAUACCAUAAAAAGAAGAAAGCCAUGACUGUGGGGGACUAUCGCCACCUGGCAAACAGUGAAAACUAUCGGACUCCACCCCACCUGAAUUUUGAAGAUUUGGAGCGAAAAUUGAAGAACCGCCUCUACAUCCCACCAAUUUAUGGUGCUGACAUCAGCGGCUCCUUAUUUGAUGAAAACACUAAACAAUGGAACCUUGGUCACCUGGGAACCAUUCAGGACCUGCUGGAGCAGGAAUGUGGAGUUGUCAUUGAAGGCGACAACACACCGUACCUGUACUUUGGCAUGUGGAAGGCCACCUUCGCUUGGCACACGGAGGACAUGGACCUUUACAGCAUCAACUACCUGCACUUUGGGGAGCCCAAAACGUGGUACACGGUGCCCCCAGAACACAGCCAGAGGCUGGAACGCCUGGCCAGGGAGCUUUUCCUGGGGACUUCCCGAGGCUGUGAGGCCUUCCUGCGGUACAAGGUGGCUCUCAUCUCGCCCACUGUCCUCAAGAAGAACGGCAUUCCCUGCAAUCGCAUGACUCAGGAGGCUGGAGAGUUCAUGGUGACGUUUCCCUAUGGCUACCACGCUGGCUUCAACCACGGCUUCAACUGCGCGGAAGCCAUCAACUUCGCCACCCCGCGAUGGGUGGAUUAUGGCAAAGUGGCGUCUCAGUGCAGCUGCGGGGAGGCCAGGGUGAGCUUCUCCAUGGACGCCUUCGUGCGCAUCCUGCAACCCGAGCGCUACGAGCUGUGGAAACGCGGGCAGGACCGGCCGGUCGUGGAUCACGCGGGGCCCGGGGCGCCGGCCAGCCCGGAGCUGACCGCCUGGAGGGAGGACUCAGCUCCUGGGAAAACUGCGCCGGGCCUGAGGCACCUGCCAUCCCUCAAGGUCAGGCGUACCCGGCGUCCGGUUUCCUCUAGGUGUGGAAACUUCCGUCGAGCCCCGGUGUGCUGGGGGCCCCAGCCCAGGUCCAGGGACUGUCGGGCUUGUGCCAAUCCUGGGGCCGCCAUUCACAGAUCUUUGGAGCCCUGGUUGGUGACCCCGUGUUUAUCCACGCAUAAUUCCUACCCAUCAACCGGCAGAUGUGGUCGUGAUCAAGGCUGUCAUCCUCCGGAUCUGGGGAUUCAGGAGCCAACCAUCCAGGCUCCUACCAAGAGGUGCCACUUGGUGGGCACAGUGCACAAAAGUCUGGGCCCAGAGCCUCAGUCACUGCCUGUGGAUGGAGCUUUGAUGUAUAAGCCUGCAUCUGUGAGCCCUGGGCCCCAGCAUCCUGCCAAGACUUCAGGGUGCUGCUGUGCUCCUGAUCUUAAAUCAUUGGGCCCCCCACUGGAUCCCAAUGCUCCUAUGCACCGUGGCCUGUACCUGCUAUCCCUGGACAGCAUUACAGUGAAUCUUCCUGACACUGUCCCAUUAACUCCUCUCAACCUCAUUGUACCUUUGAAAAGGUUCUCCAGGGAUGCUGCUGGGGAUUGCACACCUCCUGUGAACCCGACUGAGGUUGUAGCAAUGGACCACACUUAUGCCACUUGGAUUCUGGACCCAGCAUAG